AUGAUGGUCUUGGGCUGCCAGGCUGACGAACAGGAAUUAGGAUGUCCAACUGCGAGGAAGCCGGAGGCGCACGAGGCGAGCGUGCCCCCGGCGCUGGCCCGCCGGGACGGCGAGCUCCGAGAAGGCCCCAGGCGAGAGCCGCCCGCCGGCGAGGCCACAGCACCCUCCGCUCCGCCCACCGGCGUGGCAGGAGAGCGGGGGAAGCCUCGCGGGCGGAAGCCGCGCGCCGACGAGGCGAGCGUGCCCCCCCCCCCAGCGCCGCCCCCGGAGGAGGCAGGGCUGCCGGCCCGUGCGGAGGCAGAGCCGAACUCUGCCAGCACGCGCGUCGGCUGUCGGUCGGGCGGCCGGCAAAGCACGGGGCAAUAAGUGCCUACAAUCGGGGCGUUGACCUAAG